AGAGUUUUCACUGCAACAGGAACAUGGUUAAAGCUAAGGUCUGGACACUUCGCAAGCAUUUUGUUGGCUUUCCAAAGGAGAGUGACUUUGAGCUUAAAGAGGAAACAUUACCUGAGCUUCAAAAUGGAGAGGUCCUACUUGAGGCCAUCUUCCUCAGCCUUGAUCCAUAUAUGAGAGCUGUGAGUUCAGCCUUAAUGAAAGAAGGUGAUGUACAGAUUGGAGCUCAGGUUGCAAAGGUACUUCAAAGCAAGAACCCAGCUUUUCCUGUGGGCUGUUAUGUGGUCGCUCCAUGUGGAUGGAGGACACACAGUGUGACCAAUGGCAAAGCAAUGUUUAGCCUUGAUAUGAGCCGAGUUCUUCCUGACUGGCCACAAGACGUUCCCCUUUCCUUGGCUGUUGGUGCACUAGGGAUGCCUGGUUUGACUGCCCUGUAUGGCCUAGAGGAGAUUCUGCAGGUGAAGCCAGGUGAGAUUGUGCUGGUGAGUGCAGCAGCCGGUGCUGUGGGCACUAUGGUGGGCCAGAUUUGUAAGAUUAAAGGCUGUAAAGUGGUGGGUUCGGCUGGGAGUGAGGAAAAAGUGGCCUACCUGAAGGAGCUGGGCUUUGACUAUGUUUUCAACUACAAGACCAUAACAUCUCUGGAUGAGGCACUGAAGCAAGCUUCACCUGAAGGCUACGACUGCUACUUUGAGAAUGUUGGAGGUGCUUUCUUUACUGCUGCACUUAAUCAGAUGAGGCCUCGUGGACGCAUUGCUGUGUGUGGUGCAAUAUCACUGUACAACGCCACCACACCUCAGAUGUGUCCUUUUCCCCACAUGACCAUGCUGGCCAAGAGCAUUAGGAUUGAGGGAUUCCAAGUCAAUCAAUGGCCAGAGAAAGACGAGGCAUCUAUCAGAAGACUGCUUACAUGGCUGAAAGAGGGGAAACUUAAGGCCAAGGAAAAUGUCACAGUGGGCUUUGAGAAGAUGCCUGCUGCCUUCAUCCAGAUGCUGAAAGGGACAGAACUGGGAAAAGCUGUUGUUAAAGUGUAAUUAUUUUACUUUUUGUAAUGUCAUCUAUAUAUUAAAAAAAUAAAAUAAAUGUCACACAUAGAAAAUUCAGUCCCUGUUUGCUGUUAACAAUUUUGAAUACAAAUAAACAAAACAGGUUUAAUGAAA